AUGCCCUGCGUCGAAGUACAGAAGCUUCCAGAGGGGAAAUUUAACAAGGUCUUUCUUCUUACUAUGGACGACGGAAAAGAAGUGAUUGCAAAACUCCCAAACCCUAAUUCUGGACCUCAAUACUUUACCACAGCUAGUGAAGUGGCGACGAUGGACUAUGUUCGGAAUGUGCUCGAUAUUCCAGCCCCAAUGGUGUACGCUUGGAGCCCCUCCACCGACGAGAUUGGAGCCGAGUAUAUUAUAAUGAAGAAGAGCCAGGGAGUGGAACUUGGCAAGCUGUGGGAUGAUAUACCGGGUCCUGACAAGCUUCGGAUUGUUCAGCAACUUGUUGUAUUUGAGAAAGCACUCACAUCCACUCGGUUUCCUAUGUAUGGAAGCCUAUAUUAUGCAGAUAACCUGCCCAAUAUCCAUUCGAAUCAGAUGAUUGAGUUUGAGGGUAAAAAGAAUACAGUCAGUGUGAAUUUUGCGGUUGGUCCGACUACAAAUCGAACUUUCUUCGAUGAUGGCAGAAAUGCGGUUGAUGUCGAUAGAGGGCCGCAGCUCGAGGCGAAGAAGCUUCGUGCUGCCCAGUCUCUCUACAAACUUUAUGAUAUCCAUAUGAUCCAGGAUUGCCCUGAGAGUGCAGCCGCAUUGCAUUUCAGAAAUUCACUUCCUGGCCAAAUCACGGGCCUUUCGGGGUCUCUAUCUAGUGAUGGUGAACCAAUUGUUCAAGGCCUGCUCAUGAGACUACAGGAGAAAUGGCAGACUUAUGUGGGACCCUCUGUCUCGUGCCCACUUUCCUUUACCGGAGAAGACAAAGAAAAGCAAAAGGAGGACGAGAAAAAGUGGGCGAAUGGUGUUGUGCUAAUGGAGGAGUUCCUUGAUCAAGUCGGUGUAUACCGAGGAUGGGACGGCUGGGUGAACCAUGAUAGCUACGAGCACUAUAAAGUGCGCUUUGAACAAUGCCGGCAGAAGUUCCUAGCUGUGCUUCGUCAAAUCAUCGGAGCAGAGAUGGAAUCCCGGGUGAACAAUCAAUCUGAUUCUUUUGACCCUGAUGCAACCUCCUAUGAGGGUCCCAGCUUUGGUACAGGCAGCAUGGAUCGGAGUGAUCCUGCAGUUCUCUCCACGCCCAUUGAUGGUUCCAUUCCGGACAUGAUAUCUCCAGCAGAGGUUCGUCGAGACGCCGCGGCGAGGUCAGACAAAAUUUCCAUCACCUAUCAAACUUUGUACGAAAUCCUACAGCGUCACGAGGCCUUGAUUCGCAAGCGAUGGUACAAAAAGGGCCGCCAACAGAGGCUAAAAAUUCUGCUAAGUGCCUGGCCGAAUAUGCCGGCAAGGCAUCGCCCGGAUUUCGAAGCUUUCACUGGCCAAAAAAAAGGUCCCAAAUAUCGGGAUGCUUACAUGUGGCCUUACAUAAAUCAGGAGGAUUUGCUAAACACCAAGACUCUGCCCUUGCUCUUGAACGCACGAGGUCGCCAUCACCCUUCCAACUUUGCUUCCGUCGACUUCGAUGCCACGAAUAUGGGCAGGGUCAGCUAUGAAGUUAAGCUCAUCCUUUUGGACAACCAUACUAUGAUUAUCAACGGUCUAGUUGAAAAUAUAGAGAACUACGGAAAGCUGGUCGCUUGGAGUGAACGUCCCAAUGCCUCGGAAUGGACGACGAAAAAAAAGCAGUGCAUUCCUGGAGAGGGCCUGCUGAUACUGGAAGUGCAAGAGCGACUUUUGACAUUUCUUGUCCAAUGCUGCACGGAGCUUCUCCACGACAUCCCCGAGUCCACCUUGACCAGUGACUCCUUCCUGAUUUUACCAGAACCCCCUUUCAAGCCCGAAACUGACGUGAGUGGUUUCAAGUCUUUGGGGGUGAUGGCUGCAGAAGCCCCAUAUCGUGUUCCAGCACAGCUCGAUCUCAGUCUUGUUGAGUCGCUGCUUACGGCAAAGGGGUGUGUCGCAGAAGAUCACCUGUGGGCUUUACGGGAGGAUCCCGAGUUUUUUUCCACGACACUUCAUGAGGCCAAGGACCAUCAUCAGGAGACCUUGAAGGACCUUAAUGGCAAUAACAAUCCACUUCUGAGCCGUGAUCGGUCGCAACUUCUCUGGGCAGACAUUAUUGGCUCUGUUGUGUCCAAGGCGUACCUCGACCUAGAGGUGUUCUCCGAACUCAGUAGCCAAGCUAAGAAGUUGGUCUCCUUGCAAAGGCAGUAUGCUGACGAUAUCUCGCCCUCAAGAGAUUUACCGGAGGACUAUCUGGACGCAUUGCUCCAGUUGCGGUAUUACCUCAACCAUGCAGCCGCAGAAUCAUUAUCCAGUCUCAAAUGUGCAGUUGUGGCCUCGCCUCCUUUGCGAAAAUACUUUGCUCGCCUACCACCACCUGAUGCCCAUUCGACAAAUAUCUCGGUGGUGUUAAAGUCCGGGUUUAAAAUGGGCAAGAUGGAGGAGCGAUUGAUUUGGUUGCUUGGCACCCUGUCUGAAAAUGGCCCUUUCUUGUAUGUGGCUGGUAUGUCUCUGAUCAUGGACGAGCUAGAGCGAUUGCUUGAGUCAGAUACAAAAGCGCGGGACCUACUUUCUCCAUAUGUUACCAAGGUAGUUGGUGACAUCUCUAUCAUUUCCCAGUGUUUGCACCAGUUGAAUAUUUAUUAUCCAUGGGCACGGGAAUUUGACGUUGAAUUUCAUCAGCGUGAGGAGAAAAUUGACCAGGACUGCAUGGAACGGACUAGGUCAUUCGCCCAGUUCCUCGACAGGCUCCAUGAUACAAGCCUCUUGAAUCGAACUGCACAUCUCGGGGAUCCUUCAAGUGGAAAAUUUACCUAUCCCAUUGAAAAGCGUCGGACCAAGGAAAGUGUCCAGGCGCUACUUAGCGCCGAAGCUCACCUAGAUGCUUUCUGGGCCGAGAUUGACCGGAAUUUGAUCACUAAACCUGGCCAUUCGAGUGACACUGCUGUGGGGAAUCUCCUCUCCCAGCCGCGCAUCUCAAAGCGCACUGGAGAGUGGAUUGAGCCGACAAAAGCUUCACCUGUGAGAACUACAAAUGUCAAAAGCAAAGGCGACGUCACUACCUACUUCUCACAAAAUCCUACCCCCGAAGACUCCGAGAUUCCAGCAAAAUCACUCGAUGUUGCAGAGUCCAGAACGAAAGUCAAGACCCGUGGAAUACCUCAGAUUACUAUAGCCAUCACAGAAGCGGAAGACCUCACCCGACCCAAUACUGCUAGUCGUGAGCCCACCCUUUUCGUUGAUACCCGCGCGCUUAAGGUAUUCCGGACUAUCUUUUUUAACCCUACUGUUACAUCUACCCCGGGGGAAGUCCCCUGGAAGGACUUUCUGCACGCAAUGGUCUCUGUGGGCUUCACAGCGAUGAAACUCUACGGUUCGGUGUGGCAAUUCCAGCCGACGAGGCUGAAUGCUCAGCGAAGUAUCCAGUUUCAUGAGCCUCAUCCGCGUGGCAAGCUGACUUUCAGAGUUGCUCGUCUAUAUGGCCGUAUGCUCAACAGAGCAUAUGGCUGGGUUGGAGAGAUGUUUUCCUUGGCUCAGAAGUGA